AUGGCUGGAGUUGGAGGAGAGGUCACAAGGUCUGUGGCUCAGGACAUCCCCAAGCUGCAGAAACUGGGCAUCACCCAUGUACUGAAUGCCGCCGAGGGCAGGUCCUUCAUGCACGUCAACACGAAUGCCAACUUCUACAAGGACUCCGGCAUCACCUACCUGGGCAUCAAGGCCAAUGACACGCAGGAGUUCAACCUCAGCGCAUACUUUGAAAGGGCUGCAGACUUCAUUGACCAGGCCUUGGCUCAAAAGAACGGCCGGGUGCUCGUCCACUGCCGUGAAGGUUACAGCCGCUCCCCAACUCUUGUCAUCGCAUACCUCAUGAUGCGUCAGAAGAUGGAUGUCAAGUCUGCCCUGAGCAUCGUGAGGCAGAACCGUGAGAUCGGCCCCAACGAUGGUUUCCUGGCCCAGCUCUGCCAGCUCAAUGACAGACUCAUCAAGGAGGGGAAAUUGAAACUCUAGAGUGCCGCACUGCCUUUUCUCUAGAGGUCCAAGGGGGAGGCCCUGGUUGAGGGUGUCCCAAACCGCCAUGUUUAGGAAACACAGUAUACCCUGCUCACAGCAUCACAAGGCACUUGCCCACAAGUCUGUCCCAACACAGCCCAGGGCCACUUCUGCCCUGGGGAGCACAUAAAGAAGUUUGCUGAGGAGGGUGUCCUUGCUCCCUGGUUGUCCUGUUCCUGUAAUUUAUGAUGUCCUUUCCCUGAGACGGGGGCUCAGAGGGGGAAGGCCUGUGGCAUGCAUGCUUCUCAAUGGCCCAGGGCAGGAGGUCCGUGGAAGUGUAAGGAAGGCCUGGAUGCCCACAGGGGCCGCUCAUGACCUCCCUUCCCUUACUCUGGAUCCUCUCCUGAGUGGAGACCUCAGCACCUUUAGCACUAGUAAAGGAACUAUGCAAAUGCAGGCCCUUCUGUCCCCACCAUAUCUGCCCCAUGGUUUCACAGCCUUCCACACCCGCUCAUAGGCGGAGGCACGUCAUGGGGUCUGUAGCUGGGUCAAGGGUAUCCCUCAGUUAAUGGAUGGAAAUUUCCACAAAGAGCCUGCAUUUCAGUUAUUUCCUUAGGAUUAAAGAGGCCUGCACAGAGAG